AUGACCAGCUUCGUCAAUGUACCAGAAGGAAGUGAUUUUCCACUAGAAAAUCUGCCAUAUGGCGUAUUCUCAACAAAUUCAAAUCCCCGCAUGCGUAUUGGUGUAGCCAUCGGCCAGCAUGUGCUCGAUCUUGCCGGGGUAGCACAACUUUAUCCACUCGAAGUGCAGCUCAACUCAGAUUCGUUGAAUUUGCUGAUAAGUCUUGGUCACUCGACGUGGAGCGUAGUGUGGGAGCGAACACGCAAGUUACUGCGUAAGGUUUCCACACUGGAGGAAAAUUAAGUACUGGCUGAAAGCGUUCUUUUUCCACAAGCGGAGUGCGAGCUGCAUCUGCCAGCUAAUAUCGGGGACUACACGGACUUCUAUUCGUCCAUUCAUCAUGCAACCAAUGUUGGCAUCAUGUUCCGUGGCAAGGAGAAUGCAUUGAUGCCGAAUUGGCGUUACAUACCAGUUGGCUAUCAUGGACGAGCCAGCUCCAUUGUGGUCUCCGGUACACCUAUUGGACGACCUUUGGGACAAACUUUGCCUGUGGAUGGCCAACCACCUGUUUUCGGCGCCUGCAAGCUCUUAGACUUCGAAUUGGUGGCGUUCUUUUUAGGCGGCCCAGGGAAUCAGCUGGGUGAACGAGUUUCAGCUGAUGAUGCGUGGAAGAAUGUCUUUGGUUUUACGCUGAUGAAUGACUGGAGUGUUCGUCCCGGCGAUUUAAUGGCGUCUGGCACCAUCAGCGGUGAGUCGGAGGACUCGUAUGGAUCCAUGUUGGAACUAAGUUGGCGCGGUUCAAAGACUAUUAGCUUAAACGGUGGCGCCACGCGAAAAUCUCUACAGGACGGAGACGAGGUGAUUAUUCGUGGGCACUGCGAACGAAAUGGUGUGCGAAUUGGAUGAUGCGCCGGAAAGGUCUUGUCUGCCAUUCCACAUUGA